GGUGACCAGAAACUUGGUGCCCAUCAUUCGCUCCAGGAGCCAUCCUCGAUGGCAGUGGCGACGGCAAUCACGGCGGGUUCACUCUUCUCCUAUUUUUGUUGCUUUUGUUCUUUUGUUUCACAAGUCUGAUAAGCCGUGCGUGGAAGAUAAGCGACGCUGCAGUCCUACAUUUACGACCUCCAGAGUCUGGCGGCCAGGCCGGAAGAGCAGGGGUCAAAACUCCGCAGAUACGUGGGAGCUCUCAGCCACUGCGCAUCGCCUCCCGCCUUGAUGCUGAAUCACCUGUCCUAUCGGCGGCCCUGCAACCUGUCUCCUCGCUCAUCCGGGCCCCCCAAGCAUCGGAAACAACUGCUACUUUCUUUAAAGCUAAGCCUUUUCCCUCGAUAGACGGUUUAAUUCGCUGUAUUAUUUAAGACAAAGUUUCCGAGCUCUCAAAAGUCUAAGAAACCUCAGGGGUAAACCAGGCCACCAGGAGUUGAGCAUCGACUGCUGAAUCUUGGGUGGAAGACUUUAACCUAGACGAUUUAGACUUACGGAAUCGGUCGAGUUCAGAAGAAGAAAGUCUAGCCUGGUUUCAAGUUGCUCUCAGACUUCGUUUUGCAAAACCAGUUCAAACAAAGAUGGAUUUCGACGGUGCCUUGAACAAGAGCGGAGGCUUUGGGCGCUUCCAGAAGAUUCUGGCGCUCGUCUUUCUGACGACAGCCACCGCGCACUUUACUUGCAACCACAUGGCUCAGGUGUUCUUGCUCAUAGUACCCGAGCACUACUGGUGCCCACUUGUGGUCUCUAAUGGGAACGGGAGCUUCGAAGAUUCAUCCGGUGUCGGGAGCGACGCUCCAGUCUUCGUGAGACAGAGCUGUCUCCUUGAGUUCGGAUCCGGAACCAGCGAUAGAAACGGCACCACAACUGAUUACUGUGAGGGAGGAUGGUACUACGAAUACAACGACCUGUAUCCGACCAUGUCCACAGAGAACAACUGGGUCUGCGGAGACGCCUGGAAGCAGUACGUAUUGCACACGACAUUCUGGAUUGGCUCCAUGUCCGGAUAUGUCACUUCGGGAUUCCUCGCCGACAAGUUCGGCCGCAAGGUGGCCAUCUGCGUGCUGGCCACCAUCAGCGCUCUGGCCAACCUCAUUCCUCUGUUCAUCAACCAGCACCUGGGCCUCGCCAUCGCGAGACUGGUGGCGGGAAUGGGCGCAGAGAGUGUCUGCUCCACCAUCUUUGUACUGGUGAUGGAGUUCACCAUUCCUGAACGGCGUACCCUGAUCGGCUUCGUGUGGGCCUUCAGCUGGACCCUGAUGGCGUCGGCGUACCCCUGGUACGCGGACCUGAUCCAGAGCUGGAGGGGUCUCGUCAUCACAAACUCCGCACUUAGCGCCGUCAUCCUAGUGCUCCUCUGGUUUGUUCCCGAGUCUCCCAGCUGGCACCUGACGGCAGGUAGACGGGACAAGGCCGUCGCCAUCUUGACGAAGAUCGCGAGGGUCAACGGGCUCCGGGACAUCAGCGAGGACGACUUCAAGGCGCUUCAGAUCAAGAUGACUGUGACCACUUCAUCUGGAAAGAAACGCAGCUUCCUGAAGGACACCCUGGCCCUCGUAGCAACACCACGCCUCAGAAGGAACACGCUGGUACUCUUUGCGGGUUGGUUCCUGAUAUGUUUGUGCUACAACGCCAACACACUAGAGCUAAGCCACCUGGGUCUGAACGUGUACGGGACCUACUCGAUCGCGAUAGCCUUCGAGCUGCCGGUCAACAUCUUCACCAUCAUGGCCCUGGACAGGCUGGGAAGGCGAUGGCCCAACGUGGCCUUCAUGUUCGUCGGGGGCGCCGUGUCGCUCGUCAUGGCCCUUAUCAGAACGGACUCUGCUGGAGCGACGCUGGCCAUGGCGGUUAUCACGAUCGUCUGCUACGCCGGCGGGUACAACAUCACCUACCAGCUCGCCUCGGAGAUUUUCCCCACGGAAAUCAGAGGCCGCGGCGUGUUGCUCAAGAGACUCUUCGGAGAUAUCGGCAGUUGUCUCGGGGCAGAUGUUGCUUAUCUGGUGGAAUAUGACCGGUACCUGCCCGUCCUGGUACUGGGUGCGCUGUCCCUCCUGGCAUCUGUACUGCUCUUCUUCGUUCCGGACACCGUCCAUGAACCGUUGCCACAGACAAUAGAAGACGGCGAGAACUUCGCCAAGAACCAAGGACUGUGUUUCUGUCCCAUCCUGGUCGAGCGGAUAAGUCCGGAUGAACCCAAAGCGAAUGGCAAGCAAGAUGCAGAGGAAGACAAGCCUGGUCGCAUUACGUCUCACCUUUAAC